AUGAACGGACACCUCCUAUGGCCCAGCCUCUGCCUCAUCCCACACAGCCAAAAGGGGAAGUCGCUGAGAGAAGGAAGUCUGCCCCAUGCAGUUGCUUUGGUUGUGGCAGUCACAUUUUCUCCGUUGCUGGUAGCCCAAGCCCCUGACCCUUGCACUGGCUGUCAGGGCGGCACUGGGCCCAUGGAGAGCCCAGUGAAGGAUGGGAUCCUCUAUGUGCAGCACUGCAAGUUUGGAAAGAGGACUUGGAGGAAGAUGCGAGCCCAGCUCUUUGCCGCCAGUCCCUCUGGUGUGGCCCGCAUGGAGAAGUUUGAUGUUCGGGAUGAUGGCACAGCAGUGGAAAAGAACUCCCUGCGGCGCUGUGCCCGCCGGGUGAUCCGCCUCUCGGACUGUGUCUCCGUGGGCCCGGCAGGCACAGAGAGCUGCCCCAAAGCCACCUCUGCCUUCUACCUCACCACCACGGAGAAGAGCUACGUGCUGGCAGCUGAGCAACGGGAUGAGUGGAUCACCCAGCUCUGCCAGUUGGCCUUUCAGGGUGCAAAGGAGGUGGCAAACGGCAGUGCCAGGACCCAGCCCAGACCUGCUGUCCCCAUGGAGGAGAACUCCCUCUACUCCUCCUGGCAGGACUUGACUGAAUUCCCGGUGUUAGUGGUCCAGACAGACGCAGCCGCCCGCUGUGGGCUGCAUGGGCACUACCUGCUCUCGGCCCUUCCCCAGAGCCUGACGCUGAAGGACCCGCAGUCCCGCCAGCCCCUGCUCACCUGGCCCUACCCUUUCCUCCGCAAGUUUGGCCAGGAUCAGACCAUCUUCUCCUUCGAGGCUGGCCGCCGCAGCGACUCUGGCGAGGGCACCUUCACCUUCAGCACCCCGCGAGCCCCCGAGCUCUGCCGAGCCGUGGCUGCUGCCAUCGCCUGCCAGCAGCACGGCGAGGACGCCGCCAACCCCCGGCUUUCGGCGCAGAACCUCGAGUCCCAGCCCUGGGGCCCCGGGGCCGAGGAGCCCCAGCCGCCUCCAGCCCUGGGGGGAACGCAGCCUGCCUCCCACCCCCCGGCCAGCCUUCUCCGCUUCUCCCACCCGGAGCCCGAGCCCACGGGCCCCAUCAUCUAUGCCUCCAUCGCCCGGGGGCAGCGGCCGGCGGGCGAGCUCUGGGCUGCGGGGAAGCUGCCCCCCGAGCAUCUCUACGAGAACAUCUUCACCGCCGAGCCGGGUCCCGCCGGGGCUCAGGAGGAGGAGUACGAGGAGGAGGAAGGGCGGUGGGAGCCGGGGUGCCGGCAGGCUCCCGAGGGCCAGGGCAGCGAGGCGGGGCCGCUCUACGCCCCCCGAGCCGCGCCGGUGACCCCCGAGCAGCGCUGGGGCCGCCCGGGCAACCUCCGCGCCCGCCUGGUGCGGCUGCUGAGCCGGGAAAGCCCCGGCCCGCGGGACUGGGCCUGAACAAUA